UCCAUUGAAAUCUUCAAGUGAAUGUCCUCUGUACGUGAGUAAACUUUGAGUUUGGUGACAAUGAGGUGCUUUGGUGUCACGUUACUGCUUUUUGCGGCGAUUCUUGGAAGAGUGAACCCACAGCUGGUGUGCUACGUCUGUACAGAUUGUGAAUUGAACCCACCAACGGUGGCGAUAUGCGGAGAUACUCUGCCAACGGAACAACCCACGUUGCCAACGACGUCAGAACCAACGUGUCCAACAUGUGGCACCCCGGAACCAACUUGUCCCACCUGUGGACCAGUUGAGACAACUCCAGUGUUUACGCCAACGCUACCAACGAGUCCAGAACCUACAACCACGACUCCAGAACCAACCUGUCCCACGUGUGCUCCAGAACCAACUCCAACUCCUACUCUACCCACAAGUCCAGAACCAACCUGUCCCACCUGCGGACCAGUUGAGACAACCCCGAUCUUCACACCAACCCUUCCAACGAGUCCACCACUCACAACUUCGACACCAGAACCAACCUGUCCCACUUGCGGUCCAUCGGAGACAACCCCGAUCUUCACACCAACACUACCGACGAGUCCGCCACUCACAACUUCGACACCAGAACCAACCUGUCCCACUUGUGGUCCAACCGAGACAACACCAAUCUUUACACCAACUCUACCAACAUCUCCGGAACCAACUAUGGCACCCACAACUGAACCAACCUGUCCCACUUGUGCUCCGGAACCAACUCCUACCCCUACUUUACCAACAAGUCCGGAACCAACCUGUCCCACCUGCGGACCAAGUGAGACAACCCCAAUUUUUACACCAACCCUUCCAACGAGUCCACCACUAACAACCUCGACCCCAGAGCCAACCUGUCCCACCUGUGGCCCAAGUGAGACAACGCCCGUUUUCACACCAACUCUACCUACAAGCCCUGAACCUACUUGUGCAACUUGUGGAACUACAGGUAAAUUCUGGACCGGCCUCACAACUCCACCGUUCACCACCAUCUGGCCAACCUGGCCCUCCGACACGUGGCCAUCGGUGCCAAUAACCUCAGCGGAACCCACCUGGCCCACUCCAUCCCUCACCACGGAACAAUCAACCUGGCCAACAGUCCCAAUUACCUCGGAAACGUCAACCUACCCAACCGUCCCGAUAACCUCCGCUACCUCAACCUACCCGACCGUCCCAAUAACGACCCAACUACCAACCUGGCCAACGGUCCCAAUCACCUCAGCCCAACCAACCUGGCCAAAUCAACCCAUCACAACGACUACAACCACGGUGGCGCCCCCCGUCAUUACAACCCCGUCCUUCACCACGAUCUGGCCUCCACUACUAACGCCCCCUCCGGUGCCCCAAAAGAAGCACCUACCGGUUCCAGUGUACAUCUGCUACAGCACGGAGCGGAUCGUAAACAACCGAAUCGUCACCGACCGGGGCUGCACCAAGCGGGACCAAUCGGUGGCGACCACGUGCGACCGGGUGACCGGCAACGCCGGCUACGAGCGGUGUUCGCUGUGCUCGUGGAGUAUUUGUAAUUUGUAGGUUAGGUUAGGUUAUGGUUUUAAGAUAAAUUGAACACUAUUAAAUGAAAGACUUGUCAA